UACGUCAAGCUUCGAAAGUUGCGGACGGACAUUGAGCGCAUCGAGAAGAACUUGGACGACCAAGAGGAAGAUCGCUCCUCUUCCUUUUCAUCCGGCUCACCACUGCUUCCUCCUUCGGAUAGCGACGGCGAGUGCGGCGAGGAGCGUGGCAAGGAUGACAAGGGCGACACAGACGCGGAGCCGAAAGCAGGCGGGUCCUUGGCCAAGCCACCCCCUGUGCCGGCCAAAGGGAGUGGCGUGAAGCACCCUCCGAAGGUCAAGGCUGGAGCCCAAACUGCAAAGGCAGCAGCUCGCCGAGACCCGGGGGCGCCCAACCACAUGGGCCACCCGAAUGCCGCAGGCGACCUCUACCCAGGUUUUCCAAC